AUGAGCACCAGACAAGGCCCACCUGUCACGCACACUCCUGCUGCUGGGACCCAGGCGGGCCACAGCCGUCGUGCCCCAACUCCGCCCUCAAUUUCAUCUUCUAAAGGCUCUAAAGGGUCGCCAAGUGCCAGCCUUCAGCCCCCUCCUCUGCCUUAUGUGCCUGGCGCGCACUUCGAAAUUAAGCCACACAACCCCCCGCCGCCCCUCGACAAUGGCUACGGAUAUGACAACCCAGAUCCGAAGGAGUGGAAUCCGAACCCCUGGCCCUUCGGUGACGACGCACCUAAAGGCAUCGUCGCCCAGUACCUUGCGCACCCGCCAAGGAAGCCAAGGGACGAAACUCCUCCCAUGGACCAGGUUAAGCAUGACCUGGUAGUCACCCAGCAAAUCCGAUGCGGCGACGACUGCUUGGCCCAGGUGGUGCGGUGCCUCGUGGACGGGGAGGAGCGCGUCGCUAAGAUCUUUGACCCUCUGUACGUCGGAAGUGAUAGAUGUAACGAGUAUGGAUUUCCACCCACAUACUACUCCGAGCGCUUCUACUCGUGUGAGGCGGCCGCAUAUAAGAGAAUCAAGGAGAGUGGCCUGGACGGACAAUAUACCCCCAAAUUCUAUGAUUGUUGGUUCCUCGAGCUGCCCCUGCCCAUUGGCAAGGGAAAUGUGGUCCGUCGCGGGGUCUGCCUGAUCUUGCAGGAAUUCAUCCCAGGCGACACCAUAGAGGCCCUCAUAAAACAUGGAGAAGCGAACAAAAUCCCCCCUGACACCCGGGUGGAACUGUUGGACCGGCUCAUGGAGGCCAUCAGCCACCUCCAGUUCAUCGGAGUAAUAAAUGAUGACGAACAUCCCAGGAACUUCAUGGUGACCAAGGAUGCAAAGAAAGGAUGGCAGAUCACGCUUAUAGAUUUCAGCCACUCUCGUGUACGGGACCUACCCAAUUCUACAUGGUGGACAACAACUCGAACUGAACAAAAGCGGCCCGAAUCUCCGAUGACUAUUUUAAGGCAUUGUUGGCCGCCUCACUGUUCUGGCUGGAUACCCGAGAAUUGCGACGGCCGCACUGAGGCUAGUUUGCGCGAGAGGCUUGAGCACAUGGAGAACCGAUGGGGAAAUUCUCAUGAGUACGAACCUGUCGACCGCAGGGAACUGAACGAGUAUAUCGAUAUUCUCCGUGAAAGAUGGCUUUAA